AUAUAAUUUGUCUCUCGUGCCUCGUUGCGUCUUUGUCGAGUCUAACCCUAGCGCGCGCCGCCACACCUGCCGUUGCUACCGCCCCGUACCUCGCUUGCUUUCCCGUCGCCGAAAUGACGAAGCGCACCAAGAAGGCUGGAAUUGUUGGCAAAUAUGGAACCAGGUAUGGCGCUAGCUUGCGUAAGCAAAUCAAGAAGAUGGAGGUAUCUCAGCACUCCAAGUACUUCUGCGAGUUUUGUGGGAAGUUUGCUGUGAAGAGGAAAGCAGUUGGAAUUUGGGGAUGCAAGGACUGUGGGAAGGUCAAGGCUGGCGGUGCUUACACCAUGAACACUGCUAGUGCAGUCACUGUCAGGAGCACGAUUCGUCGCUUGAGAGAGCAGACUGAAGCAUGAUUUAGCUUGCUACAUCAGGGUUCUCCUAGUUGCUGUUGUCGGGAAUGUUGAGCUCCUCUAGUUGGAUCACGAGACUGGCUAAAAGUUGGGUGCUAAGAUUUGUAGUUGGUUACCGUUGUGAAUUUCUCAAGUGAUAUUAUCCUAUGCUUGUCUCAAUGACUCAAAUUUGGUUGUGGUUUCUAUGCUUUUGGCUGUGUCAAUGGUUUGCCAUUGUUGAAAUUCAACCCUUAAUGCUGCCUCUUAUAAUAAAAAG